AUGGGUUGCUUUUCGUGUUUCGAUUCGAAGGAGGAGGAGAAACUAAAUCCCGAUAAGCAAAGCGAUGAUCUAAAGCAGAGUCAACAAACAACGCUUACCUCUAACCUCGCCAGAUUGCCUUCAGGUAGACCCCACCAGUUUGUUUGCUUGUUAGGCGAUCCGAGUGUGCUGAGUGAUGAAGAGCUGAUGGAUUCAGAUCAUAUUGCCGCACAAACAUUCACUUUCCGUGAGCUUGCGGCAGCAACAAAGAAUUUUAGGCCGGAGUGCUUCUUGGGGGAGGGGGGAUUUGGGCGCGUGUACAAGGGGCGGCUAGAGAGCACUGGUCAGGCUGAGAUUGAUUCUAUAAGUUUAGAUAUAAAAGUUCUACAGGAGAAAUCAAUGGAUAUGGGUUUAGAGCUAAAGAAUCGUAAACUUAUUCUUUUGACGUUGUUUCUCAAAGAUUUUAACGUUAGUUUCUCAAAGGCACUUUUUGUUAGUGUCCUGGGAAACUCAAGUGCUCUUGCUUACAAGUUUCUGCCUUUAUAG